AUGGAUCGUGGCUCUGGGGCGAAAGAUUUGGAACCCGAGUCGAUCCAGCGCUCAACGCUAACGGACAUUAAAGGAGUCCCUUUGUUCAGCAAUACUUUAGAAAUCUGGGAUCCCUUGUGGGGUUUUCAAGCCAGGCCUGAUGACCUUCUCAUCUGCACUUACCCCAAAGCAGGGACCACCUGGCUUCAGGAAAUUGUGGAGAUGGUUCAGUCAGGAGGAGACCUCCAGAAAUGUGCCCGGGCUCCUAUCUAUAACCGAAUACCCUUCAUAGAGCUUGUUCAUCAGGUCCUCUCAGGCCUGGAAGAUGCAGAGGCGAUGCCUUCUCCGCGCACGCUCAAAACUCACCUCCCAGUUCAGCUCCUGCCCCCUUCCUUCUGGGAACAGAAAUGCAAGAUCAUUUAUGUGGCCAGGAAUGCCAAGGACAAUGCGGUCUCCUAUUUCCACUUCCACCGCAUGGACCAGGAAAUGCCAGAACCUGGGACCUGGGACCAAUUUCUAGAGGAUUUCAUCACUGGGAACGUUGCCUGGGGUUCUUGGUUUGACCAUGUUCGGGGCUGGUGGGAAGCCAAGGACCGUCACCCAAUUCUGUAUCUGUUUUAUGAAGAUAUGAAAGAAGACCUAGCCCGGGAAAUCCGGAAGGUGGCCCAGUUCCUGGACGUAGAGCUCCCAGGCCCACUCCUGGAGAAGAUUGUGCAGCACACAACAUUUGCCAACAUGAAAGCCAACCCAAUGGCGAAUUACAGCACCGUACCUACUUCCCUUAUGGAUCCGGCCGUGUCGACGUUCAUGAGGAAAGGCAAUGUGGGAGACUGGAAGGAAAACUUCACAGUGGCUCAGAGUGAACGCCUAGACGAAGUCUGUGGCCGAGAACUGGGGGGCAGCGGCCUGACCUUCCGCACAGAGCUCUAAGCACAUCU